AUGUUGCUGUGGCUCACCAUCCUGUGCCUCCAGCCAAACAGAGGACAGUCGCAACCCGAUAUCACAUCACCAGGUCCAGCAUCAGGCAUUGCACUGAGGGACCAACCUGGACUUCUUGUGACCAACUGUAGGACUCACACCCAAAAGGCAUACGUCCGACUCGAGCCCCGAAAUGUCUACCAGACACAUUAUCCCCAGGCAGCUGCACACUACAGUUGGGCAGGUGCCCAAUGGACUGAGAAUACCCUCGCUCACGCAGAAGCCGAUAUCAAACACAUGCUCUCUCAGUUGCAGAAAAUGACUGUCACUCAAGCAGAGCUAAGCGGACAUAACAGGCGUGACAAACGAUUCCUAGGGGCCUUGCUCGGAGCUGCUGCUGCUGUUGGAACCCUGUUCAACCUGGGAGUGACCAGUGUCAACUCCGUGAGCCUAUCUACCCUGAGGCAACAUGUAAGGGAGAUCCAGACUGAGAUGCCCCAGCUGAGAGAACAACUCACACUACAGGGCCAAACCCUACAGACUACAGGCAAAUCAUUGAAGGGCACCCUGGUGGUUCUGAACACCCACAGUGUCCUGCUGAACCAAACUGUGAACUCCGUGAAACAGUUAUUCUCUGUUAUACAGAAUGAUGUUGCCCAAACUCAGCUGGUCACCGCACUGCUGUCUGACAUGCUCCGUGAGGUGAGCUCCUCCAUCGACAGCCUAGCCAUGGGUAGAAUUCCUCCGUAUCUGGUGCCCCUGAGCCUAGUACAAACAGUGUUAUCCUCUGUUACUACCCGUCCAGCUGACCCUCUUCAAGCCCACCUUGCCUACUCCCUGGGAGGGUCCAUACUGCUACAUGUCGACCCCGAGCAGAGUGAGAUGGCGUUUCUUCUGAAUCUACCCAUCAUUGAAUCCGACAACAUUUACAGACUCAAAGACAUUGUCAAUGUUGGAUUUUGGCAAGGAAACACUCACAUCAGAAUACACACACCAGAUAUGGUAGCCUACCACGACAAUAACCCACAGUUAUACCUGGCCCCAAACCUGCGUAUGUGUACCCUGACCAAAGACAUUCAUUAUCUCUGCCCCAGCAAGCCCUUCCUCCGAGACAACACUGAAGGAAUCUGAGGGUUACAACCCAUGCACAGAGAGACACUCUGC